UAUAAAGGAGACAUAUUAUGCACUUUUUUCACACAAUUUUAAACAGUUCCUAGGUCUUUUAAUAAAAAAAAUUUUUUGUCACCGUUUUAAAGACAAUUAAGGCGUAAAAUUGCGGGGGAAAAGAGUAACUAAUUCCCAGAGAAACUGGCAUAUGAAGCUACAAAUUUUAAUUUUAAGAAAAUGAUUUUAUGAGACGAAAGUCCUUUGUUCAGAAAAAGUUACAAAUAUAUAUUUAAAUCGAUCCCUUGCACUGAAAAAGAAGAAUUAAAAAAUCAAUCCUUUGUUUACAAGAAGUAAAACAAAUAUUAAAACCUUAAGUUAAACAAAGAUCCAAAUCAAAGCGUUUUGUUCACAAAAACACAACCAUUAAAAGGAAAUCCAACACACACAAAAAUUACGAGAAAUCAACACUUUGUAAUUGAUCCUGACGUUGCAAGGUCACGGAUAGUCCUUUGUACAUAAAAUGUAGAUAAACAAUCCACAUCAGGUAUUUGUAGACAAAACUUGAAUCAAAAUUCCAAAGCAAAACACAAAAAUCUAAACAAAUCCCAAGGAGUCCUUUCCUCACAAAGUUUCACCAGAAUUCUGUCCGCAAACAUAAAUUAAAAAGAUCCAAAUCAGCCAUUUGUACACAAACAGUACAUUUGAAAAAUCUUAAUCAGUGUUUUAUUGACAAUAAGUCAGUCUUUUGUCCUCAAAAAGUCAAUAAAAAAAACCAAAUCACUCUUUUAUUCACAAAAGGGACAUAAAAAAAUCCACUCCUGGAUGUCAUUUAAUGCAGACAUUAUGACAUCAUGCGAUGACAUCAUCCAAUCACAGACUGCGAUGUAGUUGCCUGUCAUCUAAUCAUACAGUAACGAUGCAUCUUUGACUUGUUUUGGAUCUGACAAAACUGGAAGUAGUGUGUUGCUCUUCUGAUAAAAAUAACAGCUUGAAAGAGUUUUGAAGAGAUGCAGAGCCAGGAAGGCGCCGCGACCAGGCCAGAGGUCCACGAGGACGCCCAAGCCGUCGUGGCCGAAGAACCCAUGACGGUCCAGCGCGUCAUCCACCUGCACCGCGAGCUGCUCUCCUUCUUCACCGACCUCCAGACAGCGGCCGACGCCAAGCAGUUGCUGCGGCGGACCAAGUUUGAGGAGGCCCUGCGGCUGCGUAUGGAGCGCCUGGAUGACUCCAGAAAGUUCAGCAAGAAGAAGCUAGAGGAGAUCAAGGAGGGCUGGGCUCGGGCUGCCACCAAGGCCACGCUGCCGGACCUCCUGGAUGCCCUGAAGAGUCAACAGGAGCUGUGCUCGGCGAUGAUGGGCCACAAGACGGACCUCAUCGCCGAGCUGCAGAAGAACUGGAUGGACGGCGACGAGCGCCACUCCAUCGACCUCCGCAAGCAGACGGAGGCCCUGGACGUGCUGAUCGAGCGCAUGGACAAGGUGAGGGGCAUGACCAUGGCCAACAAGGAGCUGGCCCACAUCCAGAGCCCGCACGACGUCUUCCUGACGCAGAGCCUCCGCGAGUGGGAGGGCUACCAGACGGAGCUCCGGGCCCGCCGCAAGGAGUGGCUGACCCAGAGGAAGCUGGCCAUGGAGGAGUACGAAAAGGCAAUGCCCAAACUGGAGCUGACGCAGGAGGCGUGCAACACAUCCAAGCGCUGCAUCGACAUGAAGUUGAUGGAGCUGGAGCGCGAGCAGGAGGAGAUUAAGGGCAAGCGCAACGUGCUGGAGGCCCGCAAGCUGAGCUGCGACGAGAAGCCCGAGGUCAUCUACCUGCUGCGCAAGCGCGUCAACACGCUCAAGGUGCAGCUGAGCGACAUCAUGAAGAUGAUCCAGAUGGAGGAGGAGAGCUUCCAGCGGCGUGAACAGUAUCUGCUGGAGGACAUCCGCAACAGCAUGGCGCAGCACAAGCGCAUCCAGAAAAAGAUCAAGCACUUUGCACUGUCUGACGCGCAGACCUUCGUGGAGAUGUCCCGCAUGCUGGUGGCCGAGGUGAAGCUGCUGGCGGAGAGCGCGCUGGCGGCCGACGCGCACCUCUGCACCCACCUGGGCCUGACGUGGGAGCGGCCCGUCGCCGCCAUGGAGCGCUGCUACCCCAUCCAGCCGCAGGACAAGUUCGAGAUGGCGGCGCAGGUGUACGCUGAGAGCGUGACCGAGGUCGACACCAAGACCAUGACGGCGCUGCUGGGGCUGCUGUGCGACGAGCUGGGCUUCUUGAUCGAGAACAGCGAGCACCUCAGCUUCCUGCACAACGAGCGCCGCACGGCCGAGAAGCUCCUAGGCCUCCUCAACGCCUUUGACUUCUACGACGACGACCUCAACAGGCUGGUGGCGUUCCUACUCAAGUACGAGGAGCAGCAUCGAGAGCGGGCGGACCGGGCCGACGGAGACCUGGCUGCGGAACUCAUCCAUCCCAACAACGUUCUGCCUGCGUUUUUGAGCUUCGUCAGCUACCGCGUGCACUGCAUGAAGAGUUCGGCGCUGCGCCAUUACCUGGACUGGGAUGCCGAUGCGGACAAAGCCUUUUGGGAGAGUAUGGUCAACGUAAUCUCAGAGGAGAAGCUCCGACUCUGGGAUGCCGCCGAGAUCGCCUUGACGCAGUACCUGGCUGUCCUGGAGGAGAACUCGGAAAUAUUUCAGAAGAAUCUGUCUCUGGAGGAGGAGAACAGGGAGUUGCGCAGGCAGCUGUCAUGUGAGAACGACGGAAGCGCUUUUCUGCUCAAGGACUUCCUGAAAAAAGAUACUUAGAAUGCAUAAAACCUUGUUCACCAUAUUUAACAAUAAUUUAAAAAAAAAUCCAAGUCUGUAAUUUGUCUACAAAAAGUACAUUAAAAAGCCGAAGCUGUG